CUGCAGUGAUCAAACCUUGGAUGAUCUAACAGUCCAGUGUUUGAAGUGAUUUACAUGCUACGCAACAUAAAGCCUUACACCCAGCUUUGGGCCUAAUUAGUUCACUUAGGGCCCUUUAUAAAGAGCUGGUAGGGAGACUGGAAGGGACAGACACUCACUGAGAAGUCACCAGAUCAACAGGAUAGCAGCAGCAGCAGCCGUGGAUCCCUAAAGUUGACCUGCUGCCACACCAGAACAAAUCAAAUUGAAGAUUAUCUGCUUUUCUGAGAAUGCCACACUUAAGUGACUGCAGUUACUACACAAUGCGGGAUGCAACCAGAGCUUCAAAUGUAAGAAUACCAACUUUUAGAAACAUUGUACAGAGCCACCUGGAGAACUCCAAGUUCCAUCUCCACCAGAGCCAGAAUCAGCCCGUGAAGCAGUACCUGACGCUGGGCUCCAAGCUGGCCUCCUCGGCCGCAUCAGGCCACGCCGUGACACAUCCGCACACCCCUGGCCAGGCACUCGCCACCGUGCCGAUCAUGAGGAACGGACACAUGCCCCCUGUCAGUGACAGCAGUAACCCCAACAGCCCUGUUACCCUGCUUACGAUGGCCAAUCAUGACAGUGAGUUUCCAAUGGAUGAAGUUAUUGAUGACCUAAUUAGUCUUGAAUCCGGUUUCAAUGAUGGAGGCUUGGAUUGCAUGGAGCCUAACAUCAUAAUGCAAAACAAUGUGUCUCUCAGCAGCAGCAUGUUGGACGUCUAUGGGGGUGAACAAGGUAUGAACGCCCCUAAUGGUGGACUGAGUCCUACAUCUAACCCUACAAAGCUCACUGUAAAAAGGGAAUACACAGAACACGACACAAGGGUGAUGGCCAAAGAGAGGCAGAAAAAAGACAACCAUAAUUUGAUUGAAAGAAGGCGACGAUACAACAUUAACUACAGGAUUAAGGAGCUUGGAACACUCAUACCAAAGUCGAAUGAUCCUGACAUGCGGUGGAACAAAGGCACCAUCCUCAAGGCCUCGGUGGAGUACAUAAGAUGGCUGCAGAAGGAGCAGCAGCACGCCCGGGAGCUGGAAAGCCGUCAGAAGAAGCUGGAGCAAGCCAAUAGGAGGCUGCUCCUGAGGAUCCAGGAGCUUGAGAUUCAAGCACGAGCUCACGGGCUACCAAACAUGGCCACAGCAUUGGGGACGGUCGAACUUUCCUCCCACCUACUCAAACAACAACAACAACAACAGCAGCAGCAGCAGCAGCAGCAGCAGCAAUCAUCUCCCCAGGCCCAGCAACCUCAGCAGCCAACUCUCUACCAAGAGGACAUCAACAACGACUACCUCCAGAGGAUAGCUGCGGCGUCUGGCGUGCCAUCCACCGCCACCGUCAGCGGGCCGCAGGAUCACAUUAGUGGCGCUGACGCCUGCACCACCUUCUCUGACCCGCUGUCCCAUUUCACAGACUUCUUCACCACCACGCUUAAGGAGGAACACCAGCUGGAUGAGAUCCUGAUGGAUGACCCACUGUCGCCGUUUGGCACCGAUCCGCUCCUCUCGGCCGGCUCCCCCGGAGCUGCAUCCAAGGACAGCAGCCGCAGGAGCAGCUUCAGCUCUGCCGAGGGUGAUGACCUAUAAGGGUGCCCUCAGUCUCGUUAUCACCCAUAAUCCCUGUCGGCAAAGGGCAUCCACGUGGCCUUUAAAUGACUGAGUGAUGGCUCCGAGCAUACAUUUAAGACUUCUACUAGGGUUGCAAGUAAUUUAAACGAUAGCUGACAGCACUCCUUUAAAGUGCCACCUGUGCAUUAAGCGUGUAGUUCUUGUCGAUCAGUUGAGUGUUGAAGCUACAGAACACUGACGUUCGCCAAAGCUGAGCGGGAACAGAAACAUCCUGUGAGCACGCCACGGACCGGCUGCUCUUUACUACAGACAGUUUCAACUAUUCUCUGCCUCCCAGACACAGCUGAAAAAGACUUAUAAGAAAAAGGGAGACAAUUAUAAGUACAUAAUGUUAAUGACUACUGUUUUUUAAACACACUGUGGUGGCCACACACUGUAACAAAUGCAAAAUAACCACUAAAAACAUACCAAAGGUGUUUCCUUUCAUGAAAGCAUUAAUUCUUUACAAAAGAUCAUGUUAAUACGUUACAGAUGGUUGCAUUAUAUGAUGUGCCUUAUUUGACCAGUACUGAUGUACUCACCCCAAUGCCUAACACGUCCUCAUCAGUGUCUUUGAAAUGUUUUUGUUUGAAAUGUUGGUGUAUUUAUAUGUUUUAAUCCAUGUAUUCAUAAAAAGUAUAUAUAUUAUUAUCUAACACCUUUUUUAAAAACUUCUUUGUAGGGGUGGGAACGACGUAAUA